UUAAAACUAUCCAAAGCUCUUUCUUCCGGGACUGAUCUUUCUUUGCCGCUUCAAGAAAACAAAAGUCAUAAAAAAUCCUCUUCUGCCCCAGUUAACCAAGAGUCAAGAAACGAACCUUAUGUUGAUAAUCCGAAAGAGUUAAUUCAAGAUUUAAGAUCUAUUUAUACUUCUGGCGAAAUGUGUGAUUUAGAAAUUCGCAUUGGUGAAAACAUACUUCGUGCUCACAAGUUCAUGUUAUGUUCCCGCUCACCAGUUUUCAAGAAAAUGAUGGAGCACGAUUGCUUAGAAACCUCAUCCAAUUCUAUUACCAUUACUGAUUGUUCUGAGAUUCCGUUUAAAAAAUUUCUAAUGUACCUCUAUACUGGUGAGAUUGAAGAUCGAUCAAUGGAAACUGUUGUGCCACUGUAUUCGUUAGGUGACAAGUAUGAUGUACCAGCGUUACGGAAUGCUUGUUCUGAUAUACUGCAAAACAAACUAUCUGAAUCAGGUGAUGAAGUUUCUAAUAUUGUUUGUGAUGUUUUGCAAUUAGCUGAAUUGCAUAAUGACAUGAAAUUGAAAGAUUUGACUGUUAGUUUUAUCGUGAAUCAUUUUCCGGUGGUAUCUAAUAAACAAAGUUGGAAAGAUUUAAUGGACAGCGAUUUCAAAUUAACCUCCGAAGUUCUUGCUCUUGUAGUUACUGCUUGCCAAAAAUUGCAAACUUAA